GUAGUAUUUCGAAAAUGAGCGGCAAAAUGCGACGGAAAGAUGGCGCCUCGUUCAGAAGUGGUGCGCGUCAGGUCACGACGCAUCGUCGGCCGGCAGCAGCCAGCAGCAGCAGCGCCAUAUUGACAAAUAGGCGGUUGCUGUCGUACUCUAUAUAGAAUAGUGUAGUUUCAAUAGAAACCGGAAUACUACUACGCAUACGUUCGCAGAGAGACGUUCGCGGUUGUCGUGUGACGAGGGAGAGAGAGAAAGAGAGAGUGGAGGAAAAGAGAUAGAGCGAUCGAGGAAGGAGGAAGAACUGUAUGUUUUGUCCAUCUGUCUGUGCGUGCAUGAGUGUUUGUGUGCGUGCGAUCGUAGAGGACUCAGAAAAGUGUGGACGAAGAAGUAGAUAGAAGAAAAGUGGUGUCCGCCGCGGCUAUCGCGACCUCACCUUACUACUACUACUACUACCACUACUUUGCAACCAAUCAAAUCGACGACGAACUGUCGAACUGGUCUGUCAAAUCAGAGCGUUGUUGAAUUACGUUUUCCACCAUCCUGGAAGCAACACCACAGAUAUAUUGUUGCGUGCUGCUGACCGAAACAGAAAAAUAAAUAAAUAUUAAUAUACAUAUUUACACGCACACGCACAGCCAACAAACAACAUUCGUUUGUAUCGAAAGACGACACACUCACACACACGUACGAGAACGUCAAAUAAUACGUAUACACAUAGAAGAGACUGGUGCGCUCGCGCGCUCUUACACACACACAUACACUCACAUAUAUAUAUAUAGUGUAGAGGUGUGUGUAUUGUGAGUGUAUGCAAAAGUCGUCCCCUCCUUGGUGUGUGUGUGUGUGUGUGCGUGAAUAAGGAAAAUGAUCUAAUAAGCGCUGAAGUCUUCUUUCCUUCCCUCUAAUCCUGUUUGACUCUGGUGUUUCGAAUGUGCAUUGGAUUGGCUUCGCUCGUACACCGCACACCGCUGCAAUCGAAAAAGACGCACACACAACGGCGAGUGUUGUGUAGCGCUUCUUCUUCUUCUUCUACUCCUCCUCCACUGCCGCCGCCGCCGCCGCCACCUCUUUAUCCUUCCUCCUCUGUCACCCAGUCGUCGUCGUCGUCGUUCUCGUCCUCGUCGUCGACAUAUUCGUACAGCAGUAGCAGCAGCAGCAGCAGUCGUUCGUUUCAUUUAUCGUCGUCGUAGUCGUCGUUUUCGGUGAAUCCGCUUAACGUAAUGGGAUUAAGUGCGGCGCAAACGGAGCCACUGUAAAGGAGAGAGAAUGUUACUGUUCAAAACUGAACUGCACCACACCCAAGUGACAACCGGAGUGCACUGCGAUCCUCGUCGCCACCAAUAACCCCAAAUCAAGCGCAGCAGCCGAUCACCUUCAUCAUUAUCAUCAUCAUUAACAUCGUAUCGUAUUCGCAAUACAAGUUAUUCACAUCAUUACAAAAUCAUCGUCAUUGUCGAGAUUUGCUAUUAUUGUCCGUCGAUCCGCCGCUCUGUUGUUGUUCGUCCGGCGCAAGCAAGCGCUGCUGCUCUGAGGACGAGAAGCAGGAGCAGUAGUAGUAGGAGGAAGAGGACACGUAUCAAUCGUAUCCCAGUUUUGUGGCAGCAGAGAGGAAAAGAAAAGUAAAAGCAAAUCCGAUCAAAUUGGAUUCUCCUCUCCACUCCGGUACGUGAAAACAGGUGCACCUAACCCUACUAAAGAGAAGCGACUCAGCCGCCGAUCGUCGUCGCAUCAGCAAUCGCGAUCGACAUCAUCAUCAUCAUUAUUGUCAUCAUUCCUCCUACCUUUGACUCUGGAGACCGCGUGGAUGCGAGCGACGUCGAGCCCCAAGUCCAUCCACCAAAAGUAUGACCAUGUCCUGUUGCCAAUCAGAUGAAGUUAGGGAACAGAAGCGCAUCAACCAGGAGAUUGAGAAGCAGCUCAAAAGGGACAAGAGAGAUGCCCGGAGGGAACUCAAGCUGCUCCUGCUCGGAACUGGAGAGUCGGGAAAAUCGACGUUUAUCAAGCAGAUGCGAAUCAUCCAUGGCGCUGGUUACUCAGACGAAGAUAAGCGGGGCUUCAUAAAGCUGGUCUAUCAGAAUAUAUUCAUGGCAAUGCAGAGCAUGAUACGGGCGAUGGAUCUGCUCAAGAUCAAGUACGCUGAAACGAGCAACAUUGAGAAAGCCGAACUGAUCCGAGGCAUCGACUUUGAGUCGGUGACGACGUUCGAAACCCCGUACGUGGAUGCCAUCCAGGACCUGUGGAACGAUUCCGGUAUACAGGAAUGCUACGACAGAAGAAGGGAAUAUCAACUCACCGAUUCUGCAAAAUACUAUCUUUCGGAUCUUGACAGAAUACGGGCCGGCGACUAUUUACCAACGGAACAGGACAUCCUGCGAGCACGAGCACCCACGACGGGUAUCAUAGAAUAUCCCUUCGACCUGGACUCUAUCAUAUUUAGGAUGGUAGACGUCGGCGGACAAAGAUCGGAAAGAAGAAAGUGGAUCCAUUGCUUCGAGAAUGUCACCAGCAUCAUCUUUCUCGUCGCCCUGAGCGAGUACGACCAAAUCUUGUUCGAAUCCGAGAAUGAGAACCGCAUGGAGGAAUCCAAAGCAUUGUUUAAAACUAUCAUCACGUAUCCAUGGUUCCAACAUUCGUCCGUGAUUUUAUUUUUAAACAAGAAAGACUUGCUCGAGGAGAAGAUCAUGUAUUCGCAUCUCGUCGACUAUUUCCCGGAGUACGACGGACCGAAGCAGAAUAACGUGCUGGCCCAAGAGUACAUCUGUAAGGUGUACCUUCGAGAGAAUCCGGACCCGGAGAGGAGCUGCUACUCUCAUUUCACGACCGCCACAGAUACCGAGAACAUUAAGCUCGUGUUCUGCGCCGUCAAGGAUACCAUCAUGCAGACCGCCUUGAAGGAAUUCAAUUUAGCUUAA